UUUCUUUCUUUGCUGCCUCACUAUGUCUUUCAUGGAUGAACAGUGACAACAGCAAGAAAAAGUAAGGCCUGGGAACGAGGCUAUAUUUUUAUCACAAAGUCAUAAGCCAAUAUUCAAUAAGGAAAAGGUCAGCUAUUGUAAAAGUCAAAAACUGUAAAAACAUUGCAAAUAGUGGGAGGGGCUACCUUGCAAAAAUAUUUCAUUCCCAGAUCAGAGAAUGGCCUACCCAAGAAGCGGUCCAGCCGCUAGAGCAGUAGCUCUAGACCUCAUGCUGAGGACCUUCAUGAACUCAGCUGACUUCCACACCUCCAACCCCAGGAUCUGGGACAGCAUAGCCAAGCUAGUGCCAGGAACCACUCCACAGCAGUGUGCUCAGAGGUGGGAAGAGCUUCGAUUGACCAACAGUACAGUGGCUGGUGAUCUCUCAGGACUGACUGCUACUGGUCGACCCAUCUCAAGCCACGGUCGGAAGCAAAUCAACAAACUAGUCCGCUCCAUGCUCAAUCAGCCAUCAAACAGACACGCCCACAACUCUGUACAAGAUCACACCCAUCACUUGACCUCUCGGCCACCCAGUGUGUUAUCAGAACGCUCCAAGAAUUUCACCAUGCAAGGUUCUCCUCCUCCACCCUCACACCACUCAAGCUUAUCGCCAGGCUGGGGUCAAAGUUCACUCCACUGGAGGCCGAGAAUCUGGUAGACAAGAAGGACAAAGUAAAGA